GUUUUCACUCCCAUCCAGGAGGCGGCGCUGUGGCUCUCACGCUCCGUUAGCUUAGCCGCACUAGCAUCAGCGAACAAGGUGUAAACACACAUAUGGCAGCGCGUUGAACGUGCAGUGGAUGGAGUGGAAUAACACCAAUAUCCUAACAUUGUAUUGUGUGAUAUAACGUCUGAAAUCAAACUGGAUCUGCCUCCGGAUCGGCCCCGACCGAAGCCAUGGCUCAUUUAACGCAAAACCCCGCAGAUAAGGAGAGGUUCAUCUGCCUCUAUCCCGUCUACAUCAACAGCAAGAAGACGCUGGCUGAGGGACGCCGCAUCCCCUCAGAGAAGGCGGUGGAGAACCCGUCCUGCGCCGAGAUCAGAGACGUCCUGACGGCGGCCGGCGUCAACGUCUAUGUGGAGAACAAGAUGCACCCCAGGGAGUGGAACCGGGACGCCCAGUUCAAAGGUCGGGUCAGAGUUCAGAUGAAGCAGGAGGACGGCAGCCUGUGUCAGGACAAGUUCAGCUGCCGUAAGGAUGUGAUGAUGUACGUGGCUGAGAUGAUCCCCAAACUAAAGACUCGCACCCAGAAGAGCGCCGGCGGCGACCCCAGCUCGCAGCAGGGGGAGGGGGGCAAGAAGAGCAAGAAGAAGAAGAAAUAGACCCCCGAAGGCCACCGGCUCCUUUUAGUUUUAUUUAAUUCCCGAUUUAGGUGGAUAUUGAGCGGAGUGAGAGCCCCAACUGGAGCCUUCCUCCUUAAAGGGCUCAGCACCCCGUCAGUAAAACACUUCCUGUCUUUACUAGACCCGUUUUCAUCACAGAAGGCCUGAGUUUGGGAACUGGAACGUUUCUUUUCAAACCUUUUUGAGAGUUUCUGUGUUUCUUUAGAUGAAUAAACGCCUCCUUUUCUCACCGAGUUGUUUUAAAUCCUUCCAUCGCUCUCAGGAAGAAGCAG